AUGCCGCCUAAAAAGAAGAAAGGGAAGAAGAAGAAAAAGAAGAAGGAUGGAGAUGAACUUACAAUUGAAGACAAAUACAAACAAACUUUAGAUGAAAUUGAAGCACUGAAAGAUCACCUCACUGUGCGCAAGGAGUUGACGCGUAGGUCCAAGGUAACAUCUGAGGAAUGGAAGGAGCGGAUGCUAGAUGCAGAAAAUGAUCUUGAAGUGGAGAAGCAGGACUACCAGUCAGUCUCUGCUGAUAUGACAAGGCAGUAUAAAACUAUGCAAACUGAAAUGGGACUGAGGAUACACCAACUGGAAACUGAUUUGGAAAAAACAUCUAAAACCCUUGAAAAGACAGAAGCAGAUUUGAAGAAAACUCGUGAGGAGAAAGAUAAGAUAGAACGUUUGAAAAAUGAUGAGAUUAAAGAACUUCAGAUGAAAAUAGAUGCAAUGGGAAUGCAGUAUGAAACAGUCCUUAAUGACCACUUGGAUAAAUUAAUAGAGAAAAUUGGAGGAGCACGUGCCAAAUGGGAGGACCACUCAACUAUGAUACAGACUAAGCACAAACAUAUACUCCUAGACUAUGGCCUUAACCCUCAAGAUAUUUGA